UUGCUGCGAGGGGCCGCGGCUUGCACAGGCAGCGGCGACCACACCCCUAUCUCAUUGGUGCUCUCACAGUCAUUUAUCUUUUCGUUCACGGCAGAAAUCAGAAGGCAAAUCGGUUGUUUUAUUUGGGAGCAGGCGGGCGAUUCACUGGCAGAACAGCCCAACAGGAAUCUGACAGACAGACCGGAGGCGGCAGGAACAGGCAGGGAGGAGGAAGAGGAUGAGCACGUGCUAGACCUGACUCAAAGCAGUGAAGAAGAAACAGACCCCACAGCACCUGAGGGGGAAUGUCCAUACCGUGUCCUGCACAAGUACCCAACGAAUAACAUGGUGACAGGCUAUGCCUCCGCUCGGGACAUGAGGAAGUACGUCGGGGAGCUCCAUGAUUUCAUUCCCGGCACCUCGGGCUACGCGGCAUAUUGGAUUAAACAAAAAAUCAGCAUUUUCACUGAUGCGAAGACCCGAAUGAAGAGGAAAUUGUAA